AUGUUAAGAUUAACGUGUGUUUGCCUUUGUCUUCUUGCUCUCAGAAAUGGGAAAGAAAAUUUCGUUAGAUCUUGGUUGCUGCCUCAUUUGGGGCAGUAUUCAGGGUCUUCUAAUAACAUAAUGGAAGAUAAUCAGUGGCAAGGUCGUCAGCAUUUUCUUCUGGACUUACUGCUGCAAGUACAUAAGCCCUUGCUGCACGAGAAGCUCAUUGCUAUGGGUGACCAACUGAAUGAGGAUCCAGAGGAAUAUAAAGAGGGCACCUGGAGAUAUAUUAAUGACUUUCAGGAGCGUGUGCAUCAGAAUCGAGUGCCAGGACCUUUUAGCAUCAUCAAUCAGCUGGAUGAGGAAAUGCCCAAGAAUUUGUUAGGAGUCUAUCGUUUUCUGACCAUGGCCAGGGAUUGGUUUUCCUUUCAAAGAAAUGCCUGUUAUGCCAGGAUUCACUUUCAUCCUCUGCUCUUUGUCAAUGCUCUGCAGAUGGCUGUGGUCGAGAGGGAGGAUACCAAAGAUCUGCAAAUGCCAGCCAUGUACGAGGUGCUGCCACAGCUAUAUUUCGAGAAGGAAGUGAUACUGGCAGCCCAGGAUGUGGCUUGGCAUCAAUUGACUCCCAUUAGAAUGGUGACUCCAAAACGAAGAUGGAGGGAUAUACUCUUGGGGUAUCGAAGUCCCAGGCAAUCUUUUUCAGAAGAGGAACCCAUGACAACGGAUCCCUUGAUCAUUGAUAAUGAAAGAAAGUUGUCUUAUCUCAGUCUGGACUUGGAACUUAAUUCGCACUGGAAUAGCCUGAUAAAUCGCUUGGUUAUAUCCAUUGAAGAAGGAAAAGAGCGUCUGAAUGAUCCUAUUAUUAUAGAUGGCGAUCGCCUGGUUGCCUUUCGAGGCUCCUUCGAUGAAGUCAAUUAUAGGAAUCAUAUGGAUAUGGAAUCAAAUUAUCAUAACUCUAAAGUAUAUCUGCAUAACCUACAGCAAUUUGUGGCUGCCUUGACUAUGGAAGACUUGGCUACUGGGCAAAGAUCUAUGGACUUGAUUGAUCCGCCUCUGCUAACAACAGGUGGUGUUCCCUAUAAGGGAACCUCUUUGAAUAUCCAAGCUGUUAGACAUAUCUUAGACUUGUCUUUAGAGGAUUUAAAAAUCCAAAUUGACAUGGCUGUGAAACAUAAUAACCAUUCUUUGGAUAAUCUAAAGAUUGCAGGACAAAUAAUAGCUACUAACUACCUUCAUAUUUGUCGCCAACUAAGUCUGGCUGUGAAUGGAAAUGCCAGAAAUCAAGCUAAUAUGCUGGGUUUGCCUACGGCCAACCUUAGAGAUCCAAUCUAUAGAUCCCUGCUCUUUAGAUUGAAUGAUAUUUUAGGGAGCUAUGAAACGAGGGAUGUUUAUAAAGUAGGAGGAGAAAGACAGUCCCCGAAAAUAGUUGAUAUUAAAGUUAGUAACCUGCUAACUUAUGAGGAAACCAUAAACACAGAUCUCAUCAAUCUUAUUGACCAGCAACUCCUGCAAUCGCAGCGAAAUAAUUUGCAGUUUCUGCGACGCCACCUUAUGGCCAGGCAACGUCGCCUUAAUCAUCAUCCUUUUAGUAUAAGCCUGGCUAUAACAGCUCCAGCAGAGAAGACAGUCCUUGUAAGAUUGUAUUUACUUUUACCUUAUCAAUCAAGACCACUUUUCCACCUAGACAGCUUUAAAUGUUCCUUAAAAAAGGGAUUAAAUCAAAUUCAUCGCCUUUACCCAUCAGCUGUUCACGAACCAACUCUAAGCCAACUCUAUGAGGCCAAUUAUCCAUCAGCAGAGGUAACCCCAUCCAUCCGAUUUCCUCCACAUCUUCUAUUACCAAGGGGAACUACAGAAGGCCUCAAACUUCAAUUAGUUGUGCAACUCACAGCUUGGUCUGGCUCGGAGAUGGAGUUUGAUGGGGUGUCUGACCCUGUCCUGGCCGAAAAUCUAAAGGAUGUGAUAAUCUUUCAUCAGCAGGCCUGAAACUAUUAUGCGAUAAUAUAUGCUAAGUGCCUAAAGUUGUUAAUUGAAUACUCAAUUGUAGAAACUCAUAUGUGUGGGAGUGAGUAAGAUUAUAUUAGGAGUGAGCUUUUGUAUCAAUGUAGUUUUCCAAGCAAGCACGUAAUCCAAAUUAAAAUGGUUAACGAGAACUAGAAUUAAUCCAUUUAAUCUUUUUAUAACGGAAAUAUAAUUUUGGAGACGUACUCUUAAAUAUUUUCUUAAAAAUAAACCAUUUAAUUCAUAAGAAAAUAAGAUUUUAAGUGAAGGUUAAGUCAACAGACUUGAAACGAAAACACCAAACCUAACUCAAAAACAAACUCUUUAAAAUCAAAUUAAAUUCUUUUGAAAACUAUGUCUUUCCAUUUAAAAGAAACAUAUAUAUCUAUUUAACCUUCCUAUUUGAUCAU